AUGAGCGGUAAUUAUGUAUCUAACCAGGAUGAUAGGCAAGACGAGAACGGUACGGUGUGCCCUGAGGACGAGCUUGCUUUGCUGCCAUACAUGCCUCCACUUUUUGGCUGCGAACUUCCCCCCUGUGGCCUAAUGCCUCAACUCGCAUACCAAAACGUUGUUCAGCGCCUCCGCAAGUUGUGGCUUCUGCACGCAAAAGAAAACCCCGCCGAGAUCUCCCUCAAAUACAUCUGCGAGCGAAUCUUCGACGACCUUCUAGAUGAAUCUGAGAAGUUGCCAUUCGGAAAAGCGAACAAGACCACGAGACGCACGCCCUGGCGACGCGAACAAGUCUUCAAGUUCGAGCCUUGUUGGGCGCACUACUUUGUUCUUGAGGCAAGGCGUAUGAAUGGAAGCAGCAGCAUGACAUCGAUGAAGCGGGAGACGCAGGAUGCGCAUCUAGAAACGGAAUGUUUCAUACCAACGACAUUGGGUAUUCAUGUUAAGAACCCUGCGAACAAAGAGCAUGUAUGCCAAUUGUGGAGGGAAUGGCACAGAGAGAAGAGGCGCCCUGUACCGACACUGAAUCCACAAGGAAGCGCUGCGGCAGUGGAAGACGUAGCGGGUAGUAUGCAGGAUGACUCAAAGGAAAGUGGAGAGACAGAAAAUGACUCUGUUAUGUAG